AUGAACGUACUUCUGUGUUAUAUGUAUAGUUUCGUCAUUCUCGUGCCACUCACUAUGGAUAAGUAUCAUUAUUAUGCAUUCGAAACCAACACGACAUCAGACAUCGCAACGAUGCCGUCAUCAGAAUCGUUGGAGUCGACGUUGACGAUCGGUAGCAGGAUGCCACGAGCUACGCUGAACGAUAUUGUCUCAAAGAAUAUCACAAUGGUCCUCGAAAAUCUACUAAUGAAUUAUGAAAACAGUCAGUUGCCCACGCAUGGUAAAGGCGUGCCCACAGUGGUCAAAACCAAUAUUCUAAUUAGAAGUAUGGGUCCAGUGUCUGAACUUGAUAUGGAUUACUCGAUGGACUGCUACUUUCGGCAAUCGUGGCGCGACUCACGUUUAAGCUUUCUGGGCCCGAUCAAGUCCCUCAGCCUCAGUAUCAAAAUGCUCGAAAGGAUUUGGCGUCCCGAUACAUACUUCUACAAUGGCAAGCAUAGUUACGUGCACACGAUCACUGUGCCGAACAAAUUGCUAAGGAUCUCCCAGGACGGCGAUAUAUUGUACUCCAUGAGGCUCACUAUUAAAGCUAAAUGUCCAAUGGAGCUAAGGAAUUUCCCUAUGGAUCGACAGUUUUGCCCGUUAAUAAUGGGAAGCUAUGCGUAUACAUCAGGACAGCUGGUUUACGAAUGGCAGGAAGGUUUAUCGGUGAAUUUUAUUCCCGGAAUGGCACUGUCACAAUUCGAUUUAAUGGGUUCGCCGUACAGAAAUCUCACGUUUUUCCGUCGCGAGGGCGAGUUCUCGGUACUGCAAGUAUCUUUUAACUUGCAACGCCACACCGGAUACUUUCUCAUACAAGUUUAUGUGCCGUGCGUUUUAAUAGUCGUGCUGAGUUGGGUAUCCUUUUGGAUUCAUCGUGAAGCGACGAGCGAUCGAGUGGGUUUAGGUAUCACUACCGUUUUAACAUUAUCGACGAUAAGCCUCGAUUCCAGAACGGAUUUGCCGAAAGUUAGAUACGCUACCGCUCUGGAUUGGUUUCUACUGAUGAGUUUCGGUUACUGCAUCGCCACUCUCUUGGAGUUUGCCGGCGUUCAUUACUUCACGAAGGUUGGUAGCGGUGAGAUUCCGUUGGAUGACGAUGAAUGGGAAGAAUGGAAGGAAAUCACUAGCGAGGAAUUCGAGGAUACAUUUCACUCGAUGAUUUCUUGCAGUCCUCAGGCAGUUCAUCCAGAAAUUAUCGAUACGAGUACUAGAAAGCGUGGUUCUCUCAUAUCCGCACUAUACAAUCGAGACUCCUGUCAUUCCAUCACGGUCGCCGUUUCUUCGAAACCGUCGACGAUGGAGAGGCAGACGCAAACUGAACUUAUUUUACCGAUAUGGAGGCAGUUUCUUUAUUGCUUAGCGGGAGAUGAAGCUUUCAGGCGUCGCCGGCAGCGGGAAGUGGCUAGCAACUAUCGAAAACGCGGCGAUCGUAUGUCGAAGAGAUACAUAAAUAGCGUAUCUUACAUCGACAGAGUGGCGCGGAUAGUCUUUCCUGCGUCUUUCGGUCUACUCAAUGUCUGCUACUGGGUAGUUUAUGUUACCUAUCAAGAGGAAUUUAAAUGGCAGGAUCCGCCAAUCGGAUCGAUAACGCCUAUCUCCUAUUAAUGAAAAUAAUAAUAAUAAUAAUAA